UGGCAGUUGGAGGAGAGCUCAGAGAGUGAAGGGUGCGGGCAGAACACCCGCCUUGUCGUGAGCUGGGCACUUCUCUGCGGUGCACAUAUGCUCCUUCCUGUAUGGUGAAGUGUAGGUCAUGUGCCUACUGCCCUCUCCUUGUAGAGUCCUGCUAUGAAGCAUGCCCCGCGUGUACAGUGCCCAGGAUGCGCACGUCUAAGGGCGGUCUAGCGGGGUGUCCGUGCUGUGUAUGAGGCUGCGGUGCCCUUGUAGACAUGAGGAUUCUACCAGCGCUCCCCCGGUGCCGGUGGGCAGUGUAUGUGCUCUUCAUCCUUGUCCUGGUGCCCGAUCUACCCAGUCAUGCCAGCACUGCGGAGCGGGAGCCGCAGGGAUUCACUGACUACCUGCAUGAGCCUAAUGGGGUCACCACCAAAACUCCAGUCGGUGCUGGGAACACCUCUAGCCAUGGCCGCCGCAAAUUGUUCCCUGUGCUGGAUUUUGACUACGACUACAUCAGAGAACCGUUUGAGAUCGCUUUGUGGAUCCUGCUGGCCUGUCUGAUGAAGCUGGGAUUCCAUGUGAUCCCUACUCUGUCCAAUGUUGUCCCGGAGAGCUGUCUGCUGAUCGUCGUUGGCCUACUAGUAGGCGGCCUUAUGAAGGCCGUUGGUGAAAGGCCUCUAGUCAUGAAGUCAAAUAUUUUCUUUCUUUACCUUUUGCCACCUAUUAUCCUGGAUGCUGGAUAUUUCCUUCCACUGCGCUCCUUCUCAGAAAAUAUGGGAACAAUUCUAAUGUUUGCCGUGUUGGGGACACUGUGGAAUGCUUUCUUUAUAGGCUCUUUGUUGUAUGGUGUGUGCCAGAUUAGCGGGGCAGAGCUAGCGAAAGUAGGACUCUUGGACAACUUGCUGUUCGGUAGUAUCAUUUCGGCUGUCGACCCGGUUGCUGUCUUGGCUGUUUUUGAAGAGAUCCAUAUCAAUGAGUUGCUCCACAUCUUGGUGUUCGGAGAGUCCUUACUUAAUGAUGCCGUCACAGUGGUUUUGUAUCAUCUGUUUGAAGAGUUUUCUAACUUGGAUCAGGUGACAUUCCGUGAUAUUGCCCUGGGGUUCCUGAGUUUCUUCAUCGUUUCCCUUGGAGGGGUGUUUGUAGGACUUGUAUACGGCAUAAUCGCAGCCUUCACUUCCCGCUUCACAUCGCACAUCAGAGUUAUUGAGCCAUUGUUUGUUUUCCUCUAUAGUUAUAUGGCAUACAUGUCUGCAGAACUCUUCCAUCUUUCUGGAAUUAUGGCUCUCAUUGCCUCAGGUGUAGUAAUGCGACCUUAUGUUGAGGCAAAUAUUUCCCACAAGUCUCAUACCACAAUCAAAUAUUUCCUGAAGAUGUGGAGCAGUGUCAGCGAGACCUUAAUCUUCAUCUUCCUGGGGGUCUCUACUGUGGCUGGACCCCAUUCUUGGAAUUGGACCUAUGUCAUCAGUACCCUUAUAUUCUGUCUGACAGCACGUGUACUAGGUGUCAUAAGUUUGACUUGGUUUAUUAACAAGUUCCGCAUAGUCAAACUGACAAGUAAAGAUCAGUUCAUUAUUGCCUACGGUGGUCUGCGUGGUGCCAUUGCCUUCUCCCUGGGAUAUUUAUUACAUAGCAACAACAGGGAAAUGUUCCUGACUGCUAUAAUAACAGUCAUAUUCUUUACAGUGUUCGUACAGGGAAUGACAAUUCGGCCACUAGUGGAACUUUUAGCUGUGAAAAAGAAGCAAGAGACCAAGCGUUCAAUAAAUGAAGAGAUCCAUACUCAGUUUCUUGAUCAUCUUCUGACUGGAAUUGAAGACAUUUGUGGUCACUAUGGCCAUCAUCACUGGAAGGACAAAUUGAACCGCUUCAAUAAAACUUAUGUGAAGAAGUGCCUUAUUGCAGGGGAGAGAUCUACAGAGCCACAGCUCAUUGCCUUUUAUCAUAAAAUGGAGAUGAAGCAGGCAAUAGAAUUAGUGGAGAGUGGUGGCAUUGGAAGGAUCCCGUCUGCUGUAUCUACCGUAUCCAUACAGAAUAUUCAACCAAAGCCUAAGCUAUCAGAUAGAGUCAUUCCAACACUAUCUAAAGUUAAAGAGGAGGAGAUACGCAAGAUUCUCCGCAACAACUUACAAAAAACACGUCAAAGGCUACGCUCUUACAACAGGCACACAUUGGUUGCUGAUCCAUAUGAGGAAGCCUGGAACCAGAUGUUACUCAGACGGCAAAAAAUUAAUCAGAUAGAUCAUCAGGCUGCUAAUUAUUUAACCGUUCCUGUGCACAAGUUGGAUUCGCCUACUCUUUCCAGGGCACGUGUUGGUUCAGAUCCUAUCGCUUACGAGCCAAAGUCAAAUGCUGGAAAUCUUCCAGUAAUUACCAUUGACCCUGCUUCCCCUGAGUCAGUGGAUCUUAUUGAUGAAACGCAAGAAGACGACGACGAAGGUGGGAUCACCAUGGUAGCCCAGGAGCCCCCUUCACCUGGGGCCGAUGAUGUGUUUCAUCCUAGUGAAAGUUCUAACACCCAGCGCUUACAAAGAUGUUUAAGUGAUCCUGGGCCUCAGCCUGAAGAAAACCAACCUUUCCUGCCCAAAGCAGAGUGAUCUGUAGAGUAUGUAACUGGGCUGA